AUGACGGACAAAAGAGAUGCUGCUGAGGCAGCACUCGAGUUUCCUCAGGCGAAAAGGCUUCAAAGAGGAGGAGGUCCAGAUGAUCUAUAUAUUGAUGAUGUCGAGGACGACAUAACUAGUGCCCAUACUCCAUAUUCUGCCCUGGAACCCGACUCGCCUCAAACGAUUAACACCGCUGCGACUACUCCUCGAACCAAGUUCCCGUCAGAUUACAAGACUCUGGCCUGCACUUGGCCAGGUUGCCCUAAAACCUUCAAUCGACCUGCACGAUUACGGGACCAUCUCAAUUCGCACACCAAUUCCCGUCCAUUCAAAUGCCCUUAUGAUGAUUGUGACAAGGACUAUAUCGAGGACAAGCAUUUGAAACAGCACAUCAAAGCAGUCCACACACUCGAGCGGAAACAUGUCUGUCCAAAGGAAGGUUGCGGCAAGAGUUUCGUCACAGGUACUCGACUUAAAAGGCAUCAGGCCGUCCAUGAGGGCGAGGAGAGGUUUCGCUGUCAAGAUUGUGGGCAGAGCUUCAGAAAGAAAGAGACAUUGAGCAAGCACGUCCGCAAAGAUCAUCAGGGUUUGCCUGCACUUCAAUGUCCCGAGCCAGGAUGUCAGCUGGCAGUGGACUCCAAAGCUGCGCUUAAGCGGCAUCGUGAGAAAGACCACGGCGAAGCAAAGUUUUGGUGUGGCGAGUGUGCCUUGAAGAAGAUGCCUGAUGGCAUUGGACAGCGUGUGGGGUUCACCACCGAGGUGUUGCUUCAGGCACAUGUCCGCCAGGAGCAUCAAAACUGCAUCUUUUGUGAAUUCACACCUGGGUCACGUUGGGAACUCGAGAAGCAUGUGGAGAUGCACCAUUCUGGCCAGUCUGUCAAGGAUCGAAAGAACAUACCCUGCCCCUACGAUGAAUGCCCCAAGAGGUUUACCAAAAAGUCAAACCUCAAUGCUCAUAUCCGCACAGCACACGAGGGUUAUCGGUUUGUCUGUGGUCAAGUUGAUAUAAGCUGUGCAGAUCUGCUGGGCUGGGCAAAUGACCAAGGUUGUGGCGACAAGUUCAGUACCAAGGGUCGGUUGGAGGAUCAUAUCCGCUAUAAACACCUCGGUCUCGAGCGUCCGAGAUGUUCCAGGCCUGAAUCAUCUCAAGGAAACAACAUCAUCGACGAGAUUUCUGCGGUCGCUACCCUGGUGGAGCGGACCAUAUAUUGUCCUCACUGUGAUGAAGCUUUCCUACGCUAUCAUGACCGAGAUGUCCACGUCGAGUUAUAUCAUCCACCAGUUCCGGAUCCAGCGCUGCUGCUAUCGGGAGAGCAAUUUGACCCGAAUCAGUACUUAUUUGACGGAAGCUUUCCUAAUACGCCGGCCUGGUCGGGAAUAAUGGGCGAGGAUGAUAUUUUUGCUGCGUCUAUGGAUUACGGCCCUCCUCAUGACGAUUGGCCUGAAGACGAAACCAACAUCCUCUUGUUAGCACGCGACCCAACAAGUCAGGACCCUCUUAUUGAUCCGGCUCUCGGUGGUCUCUGA